GAUGAUGUGAAACAUAGGGUUACGUCUAAUUCCCUUCUACUUUUGAAAGUUUGAUCUCCACACAAGUGCGAGCAAGAUUGGACAUCACUGCCAAGAACCUUGAUAGUAUGAACUUCAUUUUGCAAAGAUUGCUGCUCAAAAGAUCAGUGAUUUACAGGCUGUUAAAGUCAAGUGUCUUUUUGGGCAAGAUAUCCAGUAGUACCUGGACAGCAACAGCAGUUUCACUUCGCCUUUGGUCAACGGCCGUUUCCGUUUGCAACUUCUGAUCCUUUGUCGGGAUUUAGGAUGCCCCCUAUAGGAAAUUGUAACAGUGAG